CCUCCCGGGCCUGCCGGCGGGAUCCCUGGGAGGCGGCCGCGGGCAGACGCGGCGCCGCGCUCGGCCAACCUGCACCAUGCGGCCCCUGCUCUGCGCGCUGGCCUGGAUUGCCCUGCUCCGCGCCGCGGGCGCCUUCGCGGCUGCUGAACCCUUCAGCCCCUCCCGAGGAGACCCAGCCCGGAGCAGCAGGUGUGACAGACACAUGGCUGUCCAAGGCCGUUUAGAGGUCAUGGAGGAGACGGUGGAGAAGACGGUGGAGCACCUGGAGGCAGAAGUGAAAGGCCUGCUAGGUCUGCUGGAGGAGCUGGCCUGGAACCUGCCCCUGGGGCCCUUCGGCCUAGCCCCCGACCUCCUAGGAGACGGUGAGUGGCUCGGAUGGCAGAGAUGAUAGCCCCCAGAGAUGAGGCCAGAUAAUGGAAUAAGCAGGACAGGGAUGACUGGUCCACUGCAUGGGUGUCUCCUUGACAAGCAGGGAGAGGCUCGGGCCCUUGGGACAGGAGUGGGAGGGCACCCUGCUUCCCAUUCCCCGCCUCGGGGUUCCUGCAGCAUCAGGUCAGGGCUCCUGGAAGAGCUGGCCCCUUUCAUUCGAGUUCUGCUUUCAGCAAAACCCUGACGCCAAGAACCUGCCUCUUUCACUAGCCAUUUCCACUCCUCAAAGCCCCCUGGGCUCCUUUCUGCUCCCUUCUGAGUGUGCACUCCUGUUCUACCACGAAACACUCCCAGGGAAGACUGGCAUUCCCACUGAUCGGGGAGGGGUGUGUGCCACCCUACUCCCUCCUUGAGCCCCACGCUCCCUGGCACAGGAGUUCCCAGGGACCAGGAUGGGGAGGGAUGGAAGCUGCAGGGCACCCAGGGCCCUUCAUCGCCCCCUGCUGGCUCACUCUGAGGCCGCCCCUUUUCUUUUUCAGAUCCCUCCUGAGCACAGGAGGUGGAAGCCCAGUGGCUGGUGGCACUACACCUGCUGGACAGCUCGUCUUUGUGAGCAAAGCCACCUUCUUGCCU